CCUUAUAAAUAUGGCUGAACCCAACUUCGGUACUGGAGAAUGGUAGAGACACUAAGGGAUAACCGUAAGACGAAACACAGGACCUGCAAGUCCUUUAGUUUUUAUUUAAAUUUUCUCGUUUCUCCAGGUGUGUUAUAGUAGGAAAUAACAAAAAUGGCCACGUCGUCCAGCGCCAGCUUGAGCAAAGUAGUCAAGGAGCAGUACAUGGAACUCCCUCAGGGGGAGAAAGUCCAGGCCAUGUAUAUCUGGGUCGACGGAACCGGUGAGGGUCUACGGUGUAAAACCAGGACUUUGGAUUCUGAGCCCAAAAGUCUUAAAGACCUUCCUGAAUGGAACUUUGACGGGUCCAGCACUUACCAGGCCGAAGGCUCCAACAGCGACAUGUAUCUUAUUCCUGCCGCCAUGUUCCGUGACCCAUUCCGCAAGGACCCAAACAAGCUGGUGCUCUGUGAAGUUUUCAAGUACAACCGCAUGCCUGCAGAAACCAACCUGCGACUGACAUGCAAUAAGGUGAUGAAAAUGGUAGAAGAUCAGGUUCCCUGGUUUGGCAUGGAGCAGGAAUACACCAUCCUGGGCACUGAUGGACACCCUUUUGGCUGGCCAUCCAAUGGAUUUCCUGGGCCUCAAGGUCCGUACUACUGUGGCGUGGGAGCCGACAAAGCAUAUGGAAGAGAUAUAGUGGAAGCUCAUUACAGAGCUUGUCUCUAUGCCGGGGUUCAGAUCUGUGGUACAAAUGCAGAAGUGAUGCCUGCCCAGUGGGAGUUUCAGGUGGGCCCGUGUGAAGGGAUCGAUAUGGGUGACCACCUGUGGGUGGCGCGCUUCAUCCUACACCGUGUUUGUGAAGACUUCGGGGUGAUUGCUUCAUUUGACCCCAAGCCAAUUCCCGGCAACUGGAACGGUGCUGGCUGCCAUACAAACUUCAGCACAAAGGAGAUGAGAGAGGAGGGCGGACUGAAAGCCAUCGAGGACUCCAUCGAGAAGCUGAGUAAAAGGCACCGCUACCACAUCCGUGCCUACGACCCCAAAGGGGGGCUGGACAACGCCCGUCGCCUCACCGGCCACCAUGAAACCUCCAAUAUCAAUGAGUUCUCUGCGGGCGUGGCCAACCGCGGUGCUAGCAUCCGCAUCCCUCGCAAUGUGGGCCAGGAGAAGAAGGGUUACUUGGAGGACCGCCGUCCAUCAGCCAACUGCGACCCGUAUGGUGUCACCGAGGCGCUCAUUCGCACCUGUUUGCUGAGUGAGGAGGGUGAAGAACCCACGGAUUACUGAAGUUACCACUCGUGGAUUGACACCCACUGCCAACGGCCCCACCCCCCUAAAUUAAUCUUUUCAUUUAACUAGUAUUGUAUUUUCUUCUCCACCCCUACCGUUGAGAUGCUUUAACCUGCAUUUUAAUGGCUUCAAGUUGGCUGGUCAACUUAAAAUGGUUAAUUCAUGUCUUUGGUCGUUCUCCUCUGGUUAUGGCAGGGUACCUUCCCCUCAUCAAUAGAAGGGAUUGGCUUUUGUAAGUUUUUCUAGCCCUAUCAAUGCUGGCCUAAACCCCAUCCUAUAAAUGGACUAAAGCACACGGACACCGAAGUGUAGAGCUGCUAAGGCCGGGCAGCAUGUACGGCUUAAUAAAUCUUUAGUUCAGGUCCUUCUAAUUUACUAUGUUGCCAAGCUUCCGUUUCCAACUACACACGGUUCUAACUCUUUGAUUUUUAUGAUGAAGUGUAUUUUUAAAUGGCAACGUUUGUCUUCAGAUUUCUGUCAUACUGGGUCAACCGUGUCGGUACACUUUGUAGUUGUAUGUACCCAGCUGAUGUAUGAUGACGUUCAAAUGUGGUGGAUCUGUCCAUAAUGCCAUUUGUAGAUUUUCCUCAAGGAGUUUUAUCCUUUCGUUAAUGUGCCCUAGUUGGUAAAUUGUCAAGUUUACUGAACCUGGGUUAUUUUUCUCUUGAUACAUUUAAAACUUAUUUUUAUCACUA